AUGGUAUCCAUCGACCUCCAAACCCUUCCCAGGAACCAGUCCUGUAAGACCCAGUGCACAAGAUGCCACCACCCUGGAGAGUUGUCUGGAUUCCACCAGCAGGACCAUCCCAGAUCAGGACCCUUUAAGCACUUCUUCCGCAUGGCACACCCCUCACUAUACUCAGCCCUUGGCCUGGGGCCCCAGGUCAAGCCUGCUCCCAGCUUGGGAGGGCCCUCUUGGAUCCAGGAGCAGACCCUGGUGGUGGUGAAGCUAGAUGGGCAGUGGCAGCUCCCUGGGGAUGGGAUCCGGCACUUGGAGAGGCUGGGCUUCCUGCUGGUGGGGAUGAAGGGGCUGCAGGCCCCAGAGGGCAUCCUUACGGAGCACCACCCUGAACUGCAGAGACACCCCUGCUACCCAGCCCUCAUCAGCUACCUGAGCUCUGGUCCCGUGGCAGCCAUGGUCUGGGAAGGCCCCAAUGUGGUCCACACCUCAAGGGCCAGGAUACAACACACCAACUUGGCCGAAGCUGCCCCCAGCACCAUCUGGAGAGACUACGGUGUUCACGUCAGCAGGACCACCACCCACUCCAGCCACUCUGUGGAGGGGGCGCAGAGAGAGAUCCAGCUGUGGCUCCAGAGCAGUGAGCUGGUAGUUCCCAAACUCACCUUCUCUGCGUCACAGCACCCUGUAUCCUGCCAUAAAAUCACAGAGCUGGGGGAAUGCCUCCACCCUUUUAUUUUUCAAAUGGCCACACACUUCGCUGUAGGAAUCCAAAGAGAAAACAUGAUGAAACGAUUUGAAAACACAGAAGCAGAGCACCGAGACACAAACAGGCCGGGUACAUGGAGCAAUAUCACAGAAAAACAGCUCAGAAGAUAUCUGGCAAACUUCCAGGUUCAUGCAAUCACAGCCAUGGAAGAAGCAGGCUGGUAA